UAGGGGUGCGUCUAACUUAGUCGCAUUGUGCAGUAGCACAUUCAAGGCGCAAACGCAGUAGGAACUUUACUGAACAGACGGUAGCGGUUGGGAGGAUCGCCGGACGAAGUCAGACUGCAGUUUAACAAGUAACGGCCGCACGAGCAGUGAGAGUGAAUAUAGCCGUAAAGAUAUACCUUAUAUAAGCAUCAUGCGCUGGUCCGCGGGCAUGGCGAUGGCGCUCGUGGCGUUGCUCGCACACGUUAGCGCCGAGGAGAACGAUUACAAACCGGCCACCUCCAUGUGCCAGCCCUCAUCAGCUGAUCCUAGGAAGGAGGUCUUAUGUAACUUCAUUCUGUGGCGUCACAAUACAUGAGCAUCGGUCAGACGGAGCAGAUAUGUAUGGGAACUUCAAUCAAGGCCGACUUUCCCAGUUGCCUCCCGGUCAACAAUCAGCAUCUACUUUGAAGCGUACGAAUGACGUCACAGUACCAGACGUCAUCGCAUCGACGCACCUGUACAACCAGGAUGUGAACGGAGCCAGCCUGUGCGCCGAUCUGGACAUCCCUGACACGAAGGCGUCCACUGCCUACCUGCUGUUCAGAGCAGACGAGACAUCGUACUUCCAUAUUGCCGACCAGAAGCAAGUCUUCCUGAGGAGACCGUCCUUUACACCAGUAACAUUCAUCGAGCCAGAUAAGCCUGUCUACAAACCCGGUCAGAAAGUGCAAUCCGUAUCUCAGCCUAUCAUCAGAUCUUACGCCAAUAACGAACCGAUAAAUAAAGUGUGGAUCAAGGACCCUUCUGGCACGCGGAUUGCACAGUGGCUUGACGUCGCAACAGAUGGAGGUAUCGCGAGCUUAGAUUUGAAUCUGUCGGAAGAACCACCGCUAGGCACGUGGGAGAUUGUUGUUACUACAGAGGAUGGAGUGACAAACAAACAAUUCCAAGUAUUAGAAUACGUGCUGCCGAAGUAUGAAGUGACGGUGGGGCCCUCUUCCAAAACCAUCGCGAGAACACUGAGACGCGUGUCGGCUACCAUCUGCGCAAGGUACACGUACGGUAAGCCGGUAGAUGGCGAUGCGGUUUUGUCCGUGUGUCUGGGUUGGACAAACGGUCCGAGUUCUUUUGGACAACAAUUUGACCGUGCCCCGAAACCAACGCCGCCAUCUUGCGUACAUACGCGUCCGCUCGGUUUGCAAGAUGGAUGCCGAGAAUUCGAUGUUGACAUUCAUCAAUUAACCAUUACUGGCCUCGACCUUCGCAGCUACCCAUCGUGGUUUACUGCCGAGAUGACGUUCAGUGCAAACGUCACCGAAGACGACACUGACGUGACCCUGUCUGGCGAGGAAACCGCAGCGGUCGUAGAAGACACUCUUAACCUGGAGAUACGUGGAAGUGACUACUUUAGAGCUCCUAUUCCUUACAUAGCGGAGGUCGUUGCGACGAAAUUUGAUGGCACACGUGCUGGCGGCUUGCUAAUAGAAUUAAGUGGCAUUCAGCAUCGCCAGGUUAGGGCAACAGGACCAGAUGGAACUGCCAGGUUCAUUGUCAACAUUGACCAGGGAACAGAGGGUGUCAAUCUCCAGUUGGAUCUCGUUGUUUUGCAGGUCGUUGCGACGAAAUUUGAUGGCACACGUGCUGGCGGCUUGCUAAUAGAACUAAGUGGCAUCCAGCAUCGCCAGGUUAGGACAACAGGACCAGAUGGAACUGCCAGGUUCAUUGUCAACAUUGACCAGGGAACAGAGAGUGUCAACCUCCAGGCCCGACCCGUCGAUGACACCAAAGGAAUCGAGGGAAAUAAGCACAUUCGGGGAUGGUUCUCCACAACAAACCAGUACGUGCAGAUUGAGGCGCCCUCUGGUGUGAUGCGUUGUGGAGAGAAGGGUAGUGUCACAGUAACGUACACCGUCGAUAAACCCGGAACGCAGCAAUUCUACUACAAAGUUAUCGGCAAGAACAAGAUCCUUAGUGUAGGGACGACUGAGCAUACGGUCACGGCAGAACAGUUUGCGUCAGACCAAGCGCCUGGCGCCAGCAGCACCACGAACCUGUUUGCACUAUUGAAGAAGGCACAACGCCAGCUUGGCGGCCGCCAGAAAGUUGUAAGCUUCGACCUGGAGUUGGACAUCACUCACGAGAUGGCGCCAAAUGUUAAACUGCUUGUAUUCCGCGUGGCAGCGGAGCGCGGCAGGGGUGCCGCGAAGGAGAUUAUCGCUGACAGCAGACAAAUCGACAUAGAGAAAUGCCUGCGCAAUAAGGUGUCGAUCAGCUUUGAUGAGCGAGAGCAGACACCGGGUUCAGGAGCGACGCUGCAGAUACGAGCCAGCCCACGCUCCCUCUGUGCCGUCGGUGUCGUCGACAAGAGCGUCACGCUGCUGGCAGACAGCAACCCUAUUACAGCGGCUUCGGUGUUUGAAAAGCUCGGGAAUAGCGUGCGAAUAGAUCAAACAUUCUACAGUAUCAGCGAUUACUGUAGAAGUAAACACGGAGAGCCGGGACCGCCUUCAACACCACCACCACCGCCUCCAAUUCCCCUUGACGACGACAAGCGUUGUCGUUACGUGUGGGCUAACACUGAGUAUGUCGACUCGAGACUGGCGUUCCAGGAUCUGGGAUUGCUGGUCAUGACAGACAUGAACGUCGAUGCAAGACCUUGCAAGUCUGAGGGGUUGGAGCAUUUCCCAAUAUUUUUCCAAAGAGGAGGUCCUGGUCCAUUUGCAUUUGGCGGUGGUGGCGCAAACGUACUCGACGAUGUCGAUAUCGAGCCCCAAGCAGCGCCAUCUACGCCCGACGUUAGGACGUUCUUCCCAGAAACGUGGUUGUGGUCGCUGGAGAGAGUCGAUGACAGCGGCGAACUGCUAGUUCGUACCGAGGUGCCGGACACGAUCACGGACUGGGUUGGAGGCGGCUUCUGCACGAGUGAGGAGACAGGGCUCGGCAUCUCCCCGCCGCUCGCCCUGCGCGCCUUCCAGCCGUUCUUCGUCUCCUACACGCUGCCCUACUCCGUCAUUCGCGGGGAGAAGGUGCCCCUCAUCGUGUCCGUCUUUAACUACCUCUCCGACUGUCUGGCGAUUUCUCUUACUCUCGAUGAAUCGAUGGCCUUUGACAUCAUUGAUGAGAAUGAGGCUGAGAUAUGCGUCUGUGGAGGCCAAUCUACAACACACAGAUUCAUGAUUGAACCCCGAGAGCUAGGCGACGUCAACAUCACCGUACACGCCAUGACUGCUGACUCUGGUGGCGCCAUCUGUCGAGCCGGUGCCGUCAUGAGCACAGUCACAGGCGUCCGUGAUGCGAUCACGCAGCCACUGCUGGUGGAGGCGGAGGGCGUAGAGAAAUCCUACUCUAUUAACUGGUUCGUCUGUCCAGAAGACGGGGAACCCUUCUCUGACACCAUGGAUCUCGUGUUGCCCUCCGAAAGCCUAGUACCAGAUUCUGGUCGCGCGAGGGUAUCCGUUAUCGGUGACGUCAUGGGAGCUCCCUUAGAGAAUCUUGACGAACUCCUGACGAUGCCGCACGGAUGCGGGGAGCAGAACAUGAUAACGUUCGCUCCUGACAUCUACAUCAUGGAAUAUCUGACGGCCACCGAUCAGGUGACGCCCGAAAUCGAGGACAAAGCUGUGGGAUACAUGAAGUCUGGCUACCAGAGGAGCUGACGUAUAAGCACACGGACGGCGCUAUAGCGCGUUCGGUAACCGCGACGAGGAGGGCAGCAUGUGGUUGACAGCGUUCGUCGUGCGCUGCUUUGCGCAGGCGCAGCCAUUCAUCUAUGUCGACCCGAAUGAGAUCGACAUGAGUGCGCGCUGGAUCAUACAACAGCAGACGAAGGAUGGAUGCUUCCCUGUGAUCGGCACGCUUCACCACAGCGACAUGAACGGAGGCGUUGGCAACGCGAAAACAAAGCGACGCUAACAGCCUAUGUCGUGACGUCUUGAUUGAGCCAACGUGGC